ACAAUUGCGUUAUUGAUUGAACCGAUUGAUUGAAUAAAAGAUCUUCAUAAUACAUCGUAAUCAACAGUUCGUACGCAAUCGUGCGAUUUGAGCAUUCACGUGACAUUCUUGAAGCACGAAAACAGUGCGAUAGUCGAUUAUUGAAGCUUUGCUAGAUGACAGUUCUCUUUCUGUCACAGGUAGCAAAGAGGGGUGGUGUGAACGGAUUAAAUUAUUUGACAACUAUCAUCGUAUUCUUAAGAUUUUUAAAUAUUAUCGUAAAAUUGAGUUCCAGUAAAACUCUUGCGAUGGAACGAAAUUUAGAAAGGACCAUGGAUAAUGUGACGAACGUCGAAGGUGUCAUUGGAUGCAUUUUGGCUGAUCGCCAGGGCCUCUGCCUAGGAGCUAAAGGAAGUGCAUCUAGUGAAAGUGCAGGGCUGAUAGCAGCAAUUGCUGAUGAGGCUGCUAAACUGGAACCUGAUUCUAAGGCACCUGUCAUUGCUUUGGAAAGUGAUAGUAGACAGUGUAUAAUUCAGCGCCAAGGACCAAUAAUUGGAGCAAUUUACAAAAUAAUUUCACCCUAGAAUAAGAGUUUGAAAUAAUUACUUUUUCAAGGUUCUUGUGAUUUUCACGUUGCCAAUUUUUUGUUCUUUGCUGUAAUUGAACAUAUGCUGCAAUACAAUAUUUUAUUCAAAUUUUGAAAUCUUGAACACCAUAAGUCUGUUAUAUUACUCCUAAUAUCUGAUGGUUCAGAAAAAAAACUGUAAAUAGAAUCCAUCAACUAAUUUCUGUCUAUUAGAGCACAGGUAAUACCGCAAACGAGUUUAACUUCUUGUAGUUUUUAUUUUUAUACAAUAUAGAAAUGGAAUAACAAUAUGAGAUAUACUAAUUAAAGAUGAAGAUAUUGUUAAUUUUUCUACCAACAUGUACUCACGUAUUAUGAUGUAAAAUGUAUAUACUCAUAUUAUAAAUAAUAAGUAAGGAUUCAUUGGUCAA